AUGACCUGCCACUCACCCGAAUCCACGGAGACCGUCGAAAAUGAGAGAAGAACGGAUACGGAGUCACGAGUUGUAGAUUCCGAUGAGACUCGCAUCGCUCAGGCCAUGAAAGACCUUAAAAAUACAGGUGAGUGCAUGUCCUCAUUUUAUAGUUUUAGAUUAACUCUACACACACAUUUCGACAUGAUUACUAAAUGUGCCUAUUUUCAGUGUUCUAGUACAGUUUUACCAGUACCGUUACAAACAUACGAGCAUGACACAGAAUGUCAAUAGCUUUUCUGAAUUACAAAUAAACGAUAUAGCCUAACUUUCAAAAUAUUUAUUUGUAAUAAAAACGCAAAACAAGGUAAUGUAUCUCUAUUAUGGCCCUGAAAAAACGAGUAAUUAUAAAGCAAACUAGUUUGAAAGUAACCUUAUCUAAAUGCUCGUGCCCAUAUCUAUCAAGAUAUGCAUGCGGUCAUGCAGUACGCACUGUCUGUAUUCAUUAUGUAUGGUUGAAAAUGACAACUAAACAAAGCACACUUGGCAUUCCAUCGUUCAAUGAAUGCAUUUCACCUCUAUUUAUCCUGAACAGUAACGGAUUUAGUCUCUUGAAAAUCGUAGUAAUUCGUGCACGAGGUAGACACUUCACUUUGUUUUUAAGUCGCAGAAUGUAUAAGGACGUUUUGUUAUAGGCUAUUGUGAGUUUGUUGGAAGACUACUUUUUUUUUACAAUUAGACGCAUUCAAAUGAAAAAAUGUUCAGAACAUGUCUAUGAAUUAAUACAAUGUGCCUUCAUUCAUAAGUUAGGCAUUGAUGUUAAUUGUUCUUAGAAGUCACACGAAUUGUGUUCAUUUACUGUUCUAAUGAAAUGUAUGUUCCACUUCAAAUGCUGUUAGAGUGAAUUAUAGGAUUGCCAUUAUGUGAAUGCUGUGGAGAGGGGGAUCAUUCUUAUUUUUAGAGAUGCACAAAGGGCUGGUCCAAUGCUGUGAUCUUAAAACGGAGGUGUUCAUUUAUUAGGUAGGCAUUUGUGGGCUAUUCAAAGAUCAAGCAUCUUUAAUGUAUUUUAAGAGGCAUGUAUUAUCAUUAAAGGGGGGGAAAAGCAUGUGAACUUCAUAUUCAUCAUCUCCAGCAACACCCCUACAUCAACAUAUGUGAAAAUUGCCCAUUUCUAUGUUUUGUAGUAAAAAAUAUGGAAGGUAAGUGUUUCCAAUGACAUCACCAAUUAUUAGUAGGCAUUGCUUACUAAUUGGUUGAUGUCAUUGGAAACACAUAUCUUCAAUAUUUUUUACUACAAAACAUAGAAACGGGCAAUUUUCACAUGUUGAUGUUGGGGUGGUGCUGGAGAUGAUUAAUAUGAAGUUGACUUAUUUAAUUUUUUUUCCUUAAUUUUACAAGCAAAGCAAAUUUUUUGACUAAAACAUAAUAAUUUCAAUACUUGCUUAUGAUCAUGUUUCUCUAUUAUAACAACAAUUCAAUAAAACAAUAAUGUGUGUGUAUGCAUACAUACAUUACAGUACCAGUCAAAAGUUUGGACACACCUACUCAUUCAAGGGUUUUUCUUUAUUUUUACUAUUUUUUACAUUGUAGAAUAAUACUGAAGACAUCAAAACUAUUAAUUAACACAUGGAAUCAUGUAGUAACCAAAAAUGUGUUAAACAAAUCAAGAUAUAUUUGACAUUCUUCAAAUAGCCAUCCUUUGCCUUGAUGACAGCUUUUUACACUCUUGGCAUUCUCUCAACCAGCUUCACCUGGAAUGCUUUUCCAACAGUCUUGAAGGAGUUCCCACAUAUGAUGAGCACUUGUUGGCUGCUUUUAUUUCACUCUGCCGUCCGAGUCAUCUGAUGCAGCACUCCAUCACUUUCCUUCUUGGUAAAAUAGCCCUUACACAGCCUGGAGGUGUGUUGGGUCAUUGUCCUGUUGAAAAACAAAUGAUAGUCCCACUAAGACCAAACCAGAUGGGAUGGCGUAUCGCUGCAGAAUGCAGUGGUAGCCAUGCUGGUUAAGUGUGCCUUGAAUUCUAAAUAAAUCACAGACAAUGUCACCAGCAAAGUACCCCCACCCCAUCACACCUCCUCCUCAAUGCUUUACAGUGGGAACUAAACAUGCAGAGAUCAUCCGUUCACCCACACCGCGUCUCACAAAGACACGGCGGUUGGAACCAAAAAUCUCAAAUUUGGACUCCAGACCAAAAGACACAUUUCCACCAGUCUAAUGUCCAUUGCUUGUUUCUUGGCCCAAGCAAGUCUCUUCUUAUUAUUGGUGUCCUUUGGUAAUGGUUUCUUUGCAGCAAUUAGACCAUGAAGGCCUGAUUCACACAGUCUCCUCUGAACAGUUGAUGUUGAGAUGUGUCUGUUACUUGAACUCUGUGAAGCAUUUAUUUGGACUGCAAUUUCUGAGGCAGGUAACUCUAAUGAACUUAUCCUCUGCAGCUGAGGUAACUCUGGGUCUUCCAUUCCUGUGGCGGUCCUCAUGAGAGCCAGUUUCAUCAUAGCGCUUGAUGGUUUUUGCGACUGCACUUGAAAAAACUUUCAAAGUUCUUGACAUUUUCCGUAUUGACUACCUUCAUGUCUUAAAGUAAUGAUGGACUCUCAUUUCUCUUUGCUUAUUUGAGCUGUUCUUGACAUAAUAUGGACUUGGUCUUUACCAAAUAGGGCUAUCUUCUGUAUACCACCCCUACCUUGUCACAACACAUCUGAUUGGCUCCAACGCAUUAAAAGGAAAGAAAUUCCACAAAUUAACUUUUAACAAGGCACACCUGUUAGUUGAAAUGCAUUCCAGGUGACUACCUCAUGAAGCUGGUUGAGAGAAUGCCAAGAGUGUGCAAAGCUGUCAUCAAGGCAAAGGGUGGCUAAUUUGUAAGUCGCUCUGGAUAAGAGCGUCUGCUAAAUGACGUAAAUGUAAUGUAAAUGUAAUUAUAUUUUGAUUUGUUUAACACAUUUUUGGUUACUACAUGAUUCCAUAUGUGUUAUUUCAUAGUUUUGAUGUCUUCACUAUUAUUCUACAAUGGUAAAAAUAAAGAAAAACCCUUGAAUGAGUAGGUGUCCAAACUCUUGACUGGUAGUGUGUGUGUGUGUGUGUGUGUAUGUAUGUAUGUAUGUAUAUAUAUAUAUAUUUUUAAAGAAGCAAUAAAACUGGGAAGAAGCAAACAAUUGUGGGUUCGAUUACAGGCUCAAAAUGGCUAUUCCAUGCGAAAAAUUACCAAGAAACUGAAGAUCUCGUACAACGCUGUAUACUACUCCCUUCACAGAACAGCGCAAACUGGCUCUAACCAGAAUGGAAAGAGAAGUGGGAGGCCCCGGUGCACAACUGAGCAAGAGGAUUUAAGAAAAAUUUGCAGUGGUCUAUUAAUUUUUUCCAGAGCUAGCUAUAUAUAUAUAUAUAUAUAUAUAUAUAUAUAUAUGUGUAUGUAUAUAUGUGUGUGUGAUAUAGAUAUAUCAUACAGCUCUGGAAAAAGUGAAGAGACCACUGCAAAUGUUUCUUAAAUCAGCAUCUCUACAUGUAUGACAGCCAUUCCAUUCCAGUGUCUGUUGAAUUCCAACACAGGCACACCUCAUUCUACUGAAUUAGGUGAUCACCUGAACCAAAUCUUAUUUAACAAAGAAAAUUAUAAAAACCACUGCUGUGUCAUCACUAUCCUCUUGCAGUAGGACCAGCUGGAUGGCAAAAACAGUGCUAAUAGUACCUCAAAAGUAAUAUUAAUCAAAAAAUAACUAUGGACCAUCCCAAAAAGGAAUGUUUUGAAUGAGGAAAAUAAGGGUUAAAUUCUGGCUUUACUGGCAGAGGGAUACAGUGAGCGUCAGGUUGCUUCCAUCCUUAAGAUUUCAAAGACGGCGGUUCAUAAGAACAAGGUCAAGCAGCAGACAUUGGAGACGACAAAGCUACAGACCGGCAGAGGGCGGAAACGACUCUCUACUGACCGGGAUGACCGCCAACUCAUUCGAAUGUCACUCAACAACCGUAGGAUGACAUCAAGUGACCUACAAAAAGAAUGGCAAACGGAAGCUGGGGUGAAGUGCACGGCGAGGACGGUUCGAAACAGGCUCCUAGGGGCAGGGCUGAAGUCAUGCAAAGCUAGAAAAAAGGCCUUCAUCAAUGAGAAGUAAAGAAGAGCCAGGCUGAGGUUUGCAAAAGACCAUAAGGAUUGGACCGUAGAGGACUGGAGUAAGGUCAUCUUCUCUGAUGAGUCCAAUUUUCAACUUUGCCCAACACCUGGUCGUCUAAUGGUUAGAAGGAGACCUGGAGAGACCUACAAGCCACAGUGUCUCGCACCCACUGUGAAAUUUGGUGGAGGAUCGGUGAUGAUCUGGGGGUGCUUCAGCAAGGCUGGAAUCGGGCAGAUUUGACUUUGUGAAGGACGCAUGAAUCAAGCCACGUACAAGGUUGUUCUGUAAGAAGACUUGCUUCCUUUUGCUCUGACAUUGUUCCCCAACUCUGAGGAUUGGUUUUUCCAGCAGGACAAUGCGCCAUGCCACACAGCCAGGUCAAUCAAGGUGUGGAUGGAGGACCACCAGAACAAGACCCUGUCAUGGCCAGCCCAAUUUCCAGACCUGAACCCCAUUGAAAACUUCUGGAAUGUGAUCAAGAGGAAGAUGGAUGGUCACAAGCCAUCAAACAAAGCCGAGCUGCUUGAAUUUCUGCUCCAGGAGUGGCAUAAAGUCACCCACAUCAAUGUGAAAGACUGGUGGAGAGCAUGCCAAGACUCAUGAAAGCUGUGAUUUGAAAAUCAGGGUUAUUCCACCAAAUAUUGAUUUCUGAACUCUUCCUAAGUUAAAACAUUAGUGUUGUUUAAAAAUUAACAUGAAGUUAUUUUCUUUGCAUUAUUCGAGGUCUGACAACACUACAUAUUUUUUGUUAUUUUGACCAGUUGUCGUAUGUAUGUAUAUUAUAAUUUUUCGCUCAGAAAAGAUGGGGGACCAAAUAAAACCACCUGUGGGUCACCAGUUGGGGAACCCUGCACUAAAGGGUACCAGUUUUGGCUUGUGAGUGCUACUUUCAGAACUACUGCCUAAAAAGUAUACAAAAGUACUGGAGAAUCUCUAACCUCCACAAAUCCAGUCAAACUUAAGAGUUUUUGGGUUGAGGGUCUGAGGGGGUCAGUGAGAGGGGGGGAUGGAGGUAGACAGUCACUGCUGAUGUGUAGGCUAACUGCAGAGAUUCCUCUCAUACAUUUCACUGCAAAAGUCACUACAAAAAUUGUGAGAAUUUAACAUGUUAACCCACUCUCUCUAAGACCAAGUGGAAUUUGUUUUAAAAUUCAUGUGGACAGUACAGAGGGCUUUUUUAGGGUAAAGGCUUAGAUUCAGGUUUAUGUUCAUGUGCAUAGUUUGACUGUAUGUGUGCGUUCGUGCAUGAGAUUUGGAUUUGGAUUACCGUCUGUUCUCAUAAAAAGGAUCUUGUUUUCUUUGAAUAGCCCAGUGUUUGUUUUGUCCUGUCUCCUUGUGCUAAUGCAUGUGUGUGUUUCUCUCUCUCUCUCCUAACAGGCUGGUACUGGGGCAGCCUGACCGCCAACGAAGCCAAAGAGAUUCUCCAGAAUGCAUCGGAGGGAACCUUCCUGGUGCGAGACAGCUCCCAGAGGGACUACCUGUUCACCAUCUCUGCCAUGACCUCCGCCGGCCCCACCAACUUGCGCAUCGAGUACAAGGAGGGCAAGUUUAAACUGGACUCGGUGGUGCUGAUCAAGCCCAAGCUCAAACAGUUUGACAGUGUGGUGCACCUGGUGGAACACUACGUGCAGCUGUCCAGGACUACCAGUAAAGGGGCGUCGUCAGGGGAGUCGCAGUCCCUGGCCCCACCCAACGGGACAGUUCAGCUGCUCCUGACCAAGCCUGUGUACACUGCCGUGCCCUCUCUACAGCACCUGUGCCGGAUCGCCAUCAACAACGCCACCAGGCAGGUGCAGGAGCUGCCUUUACCCAACAGGCUAAAGAACUACCUGACGGACUACAGCUACAAU